AUGGUCAUGGUCCAUGUCCGCCUCCCCCCUAUUGGCGGCCAGAAGAACUCAAGGGUCAACUGGAUGGACAUCGAGAUGACAGACGGUGGUGCUGUUCAGCAUGAAUUCCAUUGUUGCGAUACGCGCAAUAAGGUCGAUGCGCGGCUCGACACGCUACAAGACCGGAUGAAAGAAGUCUUUCCUGUGGAAUAUGAGAAAUUCAGGUUGGUAAAUUGCAUGGUUAACAGCUGGAUGACCUGCGAACAAUGUUACGAGAAGUUCAACGUCGAGAACUGCAAGAAGUGUGGCAAAAAGUGCAUAAAGCUAUAA